AUGAUUAUUGUCAAGCACUUCCUCACCCUCACUGACUCAAAGAUUAUCCAUCUUUCCUCGUCCCCCCCCAAGUACUUGACCCAACGUGCCGGUGAGACAGGUACACUACUGCAACACAAAUCUCACUUGUACAUUGUGCUUCAACAAGUCCAAUGUUCAUUACCCACUACCGACAAAGAGGAGAAAGUACGGCAGACAAAUUGGACGAAGCCGAAAACGCCGGGUACCUCAGGAAGUACAUAUGAGCAACCGGCUUUCCUAGUCCAAGAGUGGGGGAGAAAAAGAGGAGCGGCACGUGAGAAGCAAAACAGCACCCGGUCAGAUGUUUGGCGAUAUCUUAAACCCUCUGCUCGCUCACUGGCGAGUAAGAAGGCAAUGAUUGUGAUAAAUCGCGAGUGUCCAUUAGCCGAACGAUGUGUCUUGGAAAGACUAACCGCCAAAGCCCCUCCGCUGCAUGAACAAUUGAGAAGAAGAAGCAACGCAACAUCGGCCGGCAAAGACGGCCGGCCUAUGAGGAGGGAAGAUGAAGCCGGUGAAAGCCCCAACGUUCUGGAAAAGGUCAGUGACUGGCUCCGGCUACUUCUCCGAGAGAAGCGAGAGGCCUACUGCUACUACUCAGUUUUCUAUUUGGAGGAUUGA